AUGAUGGCAACACUGGACCGCAAACAUGAAAGAUCUGUCAAAACCACCAAGAGAGAGACGCUGACAAGAAAGAAAGAAAGAAAGAAACUAAUACAUUCAGUGCUGCAAAAAUAUUAACACCUCGUGAACAUUUUCAAGUUUUUCACUCUAGAACAGGCUUCAGUGUAUUUCAUCUGAUAGACGGACACACAGUAGUGCAUCACUUCAAAACAGAUAUAUGAAAUAAAAAUGUUUGGUGUGAACACAUUUAUGUUCAUUUCUCAUAACCAACAGCCUUCAAUAAUGCCUUCUAGAUGUUCUGUGAAGGCCUCAGAGGUUUGAUGGAGAACAUUGGUGUACAAACACCAAUGUUUGUACACCAAACAUUGGUGACAGGUCAGGGAUUACGUUGUGGAGAAGUAAGAAACAAGUUUCGGCUGUAAAACAAUAUUCAAAACUCUGAGCAUCUCAUGAAGCAAUGUUCAAUCUUCUACCUACCAGAAUAUGGUUGUCCACCUAAUUGACAGGCGGAGAGAAUGAGGAGAACGUUAUUCAGAUAAGCAGCCUAGAAGACCAUUGAAACUAUGGAGGAACUGCAGAGAUUCACAGCUCCGGUAGGAGGAUCUGUUCAUGGGACAACUAUUAGUAAUUUGUUCCAAAAAUCUGGCCUCUAUGGAAGAGUGGCAAGCAGAAAGUCAUUGUUGAAGAAAGUCAUACGUCCUGCUUGUAGUUUGUCAUAAGUGGUGUUGAACACAGAUCAAAGCAGACAUACAGAAGAAGAUGUUCUGGUCAGAUGAGAGCUUUUAAUGUGUUGGCCUACAUGCAAACACCACGAGACAAAAAACAAACAAUUACACACACCAUCUAGAAUGUGACACAUGGUGGUGGCAGCAUCAUGCUGUGGGGGAUGCUUUCCUGAAAGCUGAUUAGAACUGAUAGGAAGAUGGAUGAAACUAAGUUCAGAACAAUCUUGGAAGAAAACCUGUUAGAAGCUGGAAAAGACUUGGGCUUGUAGUACAGUUUAGUCUCGAAACAUGCAGCCAGAGCAAUAAUGGGAGUAUUUAGAUCAAUAAGAUCUCAGUAAAAUAUGUUGACAUUUUGUGCUGACAAGUAACAAAAUGGGAAAGGUAUGCAUAAUAUUUGUGGCAAUGCAUUGGUGAAAUAAUUAAUAUUCUUUGACUUGAUCAAUGUGACCUAUUUUGGGCAACUCCAAGACAUAAAAUCCAUUCAACAAAAUAAUCUUAGCAACAAAACUGGAAAGAGAUUAGGACAAACAAGCCACUGUAAGUCCUCACAGAUGAUCAGUAAUAUCCAAAUAUGUGACACUUAAACAUAAAAGUAGUUUGUUGUUAAGCCUCUAAGGCUGUAGAAUAAUUAACUGUUUGCUCUAAUUGGUUCAUUACGUUUGCAGAAACCAGAGGCUGGAGCCUGAACAGUGAGUCAGAGGUGGUCUUUAAUAGCUGAAGCAAAGUGAAGAGAGUCAGAGCAGAGAGCACAGUGAGCCUCUCUGCUCCAUCAUGUUCUAACAUUUUCCAGCCUGAACGUUGAAACUUUGCUCUCUGGUUAUGGAUAACGUCUCUGAUGUAAGAAUCUUUACUCUCACUGGGAUUAAUGAGACAAUGGACCACAGAACUGCAAUAUUCUCACUCACUUUGGUGUAUUACUGUGUGAUUUUAUUUUUAAAUGUCUCCCUCAUUGUCAUUAUAGUCUUGGAUGAAAACUUGCAUGAACCCAUGUAUGUUUUACUGUGCUGUGUUUGCAUUAAUGCAGUUUAUGGCACCACCGGUUUCUACCCUAUGUUCCUGUUAAACCUGCUGUGGUUUACUCAGGAAAUCUCCUAUGGGUGGUGUCUCUUUCAAGCUUUUGUCUUGUACUCCUUCGCUUGCUGUGAGCUGUCCAUCCUGGCUGUCAUGGGCUACGACAGGUACCUGGCCAUCUGCCGACCGCUGCACUACCAGUCAUUAAUGACCAUAAGGAGGCUCUCUCAGCUGGUGGGCUUCUCCUGGCUCACUCCUUUCUGCAUUUUCUCCAUCAGUAUUCUGCUCACAUCCAGACUGAAGCUUUGCAACCUGAAGAUUAAGAAAAUCUUCUGUGUGAAUUGGAUCAUUGUUCAGCGCGCCUGCCAAGACAGUGACACCCUCUCAAAUACUAUUGUUUCAUAUGCAACAAUUCUUAUCUAUGUGUCUCAUGGCUUUUUCAUCAUUUGGACUUACAUGCACAUCAUCAGAACAUGUGCAACCUCCAAAGACGACAGGGUAAAGUUCAUGCAGACAUGCCUGCCUCAUUUGGUCUCUUUGAUCACUUUCCUGACUGUGAUUGUUUUCGAUUUGAUGUACAUGCGCUACAGCUCCACAGAUCUGCCCCAAAGCCUUCAAAACUUCAUUGCCAUAGAGUUCAUCCUCUUUCCCCCGAUGGUGAACCCUUUAAUAUACGGAUUCAAACUGACCAAAAUACGAAACAGAAUCCUGAGUUUAUUUCGUAUAGGAGGGCAGUGAGAACAUAUUGAUUCUGUUUUAUUGAUUUUUUUACUUUACAUCAUCAGUCUGUGAUCAAGCUUUGUAUGCAACACAAGUAGGAUGUAUUUCACACCAAUGUCAAAUGGUCUACCACAAGUGCUGAGAUACAAAAAUUCUCUGUAACACCUUGUGUUCAUCUGCCUAGCAACUCUGACCAUGGUGAUAGUUUUCCACCACACAUAGCAUGCUUGCAUGGUGGCUAGAAACUAACUUUUUAGUCUCAUCUGAUCAAAGCAUCAUCUUACAUGUAUGCUGUCUUCUGUGUGGCUUGUGGCAAAACACAGAGAUUUAUUAUUUAGUUUUCUGUCAAUAAUUCAACAAUCUUGUUCAUAAAUGCUAGAUUCAUAGAGUGCACAGCUGUCUUGUGAAGAGAUGUGGAUCUUAUUUACUGAGAGCCAACUACACACUGAUGGACUCUAGUUACAAAGUGACACCUGAAGUCAGUUGUCUGCACUGGAUUUUAUUUAGGGGUAAUAUAGUAAAAAGGUGGUCAAUACAUAUACAUGCCACACUUUUCAGAAAAAAAAAAAAUCCUUAUGUAUCA